GACACACAGACAGACAGCAGAUGAUACAUUGCAAAAUUUUCUGUCAAAAAUUUACAAUUAAAACAUUUUCCAGGAAUACCUAUGAUGAUGGCAGAUUCAGGUCCAGCAUAUAAUGGGAAUUCAAAGGCAAAUGACACAUUUGAGCAGGAUUUGAAGGACAUCCUGAAUGAUGGACAAGAUCUGACAGAUGUACAUAACACUGUACAAAGUGGAUCCCCCAACAAGAUCAUGACAUCCUCCUACCCGGGAACAUCCACUGGUAACUUUGGAGCACAGUCUGGUCUUACUCGCUCUUUCACUAUGCCUCCUGCAACAAGCAAUAUUCCAUUAUCAUCACAAGGGGGUAGACAGAACAAUGGUGGGGAGUUUAUUCCCAAGACAGUGCAUGCUGCACAAACAAAAUUAGAAACCAUCAAACACUGGAGUAUGAACACCUUCAAAUGUACCAAACAACUCAUCUCAGAAAAAUUUGGCAAAGGCUCCAAAACUGUGGACUUAGAAUUAGAAAAUCAAAUUGAAACCCUGAGGGAUAUGCAGAGAAAGUAUGCCAACAUUUUACGGUUGGCAAGGACAUUAACUAACCAUUUCUACCAGGUUGUGCAGACACAAAGGGCUUUAGGAGAGGCAUUUGCUGAACAAUCUCAAAGGAACCCAGAGCUUCAGGAAGAAUUCUCCUACAACUGCGAGACACAAAGGAAUUUGGUUAAAAACGGAGAAGUUCUGCUCGGUGCAAUGAAUUUCUUCACAUCUUCAGUCAACACUCUUUGCAAUAAGACAAUGGAAGACACACUCCUAACGAUAAAAAAUUACGAGGCAGCCAGGUUGGAGUAUGAUGCAUACAGAAACGAUGUUGAGACUCUUCAGUUGGGUCCCAGAGAAUCUACUCCUGCCCAAAAAAUACAAGAGGCCCAGAAAAAGUUUGAAGAACACAAAGAAAAGUUUGAGAAGCUAAGGGGAGAUGUUGCCAUCAAGUUGAAGUUUCUAGAUGAAAACAGGGUCAAAGUCAUGCACAAGCAACUUCUGCUGUUCCACAACGCCACAUCGGCCUACUUCUCCGGGAAUGCCACUGCCCUGGAAUCCACACUCAAGCAGUUUAACAUCAAACUGAAAUCUGCCAACACGGAUGGUCCUUCCUGGUUAGAGCAGUGAAAUCAUAAACCUAUCUAGUCAUGUGAACCAUUGUGAAAACUAAAACCAUGUGAGCAUCAUAUUGAUGAGAAUGACGAAUGUGAGAGUUGCUUCCCUUGCUCACCCUAUUCCUGACAUAAAUACUUGAUAAAGUCCCAAGUUCUAUCAUUGCUGUUUUAUACUCAAGCUUUUCUUUGUCCAUUUCAUUAAAGUGGGUUACAUACAAGGUUGAACAUAAACAAACAAGAAGCUUAGAUUUUUUUUUGUUGCUUUGAUUUAUUUUAUGGAGCAGGUGAAUUAUUUUGUUGUAGUCACACUAACACAAGUACAUUCCAGAUCUGGGUGAUAUUUUAUGUCAAGAAGUCAAGAUUUCAUGGCUCUUCUGGUUGACAAUAUUUGUUAUAUCAUCUCAAUACAUUUUAGAUGUAUUUGUUGUUUUAAAUUCUGUGUUGAUGGAUGGUAGUUAGAACAGUUGCUGAGAUUUUCAUUGUAUGCAUCUUGCUUUAUUGAUUGGAAAAUAAAUUGUAAUCAAUUUCAGUCCGUAUGUAAAUCAUACAUGUAUAUAAAUUGUACUUGAUGAACCUGUAAACAGCUAUGCAACAUAAUUUUACUUUUCUAAAGCUAUUAUUGUGGUAAAAUUUGUUUUAUUAACAAGGGCUCUUUAAAAUUUAAAACUCAAUUAAACUAUGAGUUUUUAACCAUUUUAUGAAAUACUCUUAUAGAUUGAUGCAUAUACAUUUAUUGCAUUGAUGUUUCAGUUGUAUUUAUGUUAUCAUCAAAAGUCCAGAUACAUGUAUAAUAUUUCUGUCAUUCUACAAAUUGUAUUCUAUCAAAGUUUGACCCUAGGGGUUGUGGAUUGAAAACAUUGUGGUAAUUACUUGUUGACUUGUCUUUAUGAUUUUGUCAAAAUGACAUUCUUGACAAGAAUUAUUUGUCUUUCAAAUAGUUACUUCCGUGAUAUGAUACACAAACUGCUAAUUAUGGACAAUUUAUGCUUAUUUUUCAUUCAUGUUAAAUAUUAAAAUGCUUGAGCUCGUGGCUAGUAAUGAAUCAUCAGUGUACAUGUAUUUGUUCAAAAGUUAAAAAGUUUGGGGAGGGAGGAUUCACGUGUAAAACAUGAAAUGGAGAAAUUUUUGUCAAGUGACUGGCAUUUCACAAUUUAUGAAAGAGAAGCAAGUUUGUAAAUUUAAAACAAAAAAAAAACUGUAUAUGGAGAUAUAACUGCAAAAUUUCAAAUUAAUAUAAUUUUUUAAAUGAUGUGAAAAAUUAAAACAAACUUUUCAGAAUGUUUGUAUUUUAUUCUUGCAAUUCUUAACAAAUGUUUAAAUGAAAAUUGAGUUAUCCAAAAUAAUUUUGACUUUUAGUAUUUCUCAGUCUAUCAGCACUCUCUAUAGUGUCCCUCCUCCCUACCUCUUCUUAAGUUAUUGAUUUGCAUUUGACUGUUUCAGUUGCCACCUGCAUGCAGUUGUGAAACAUUCAUAUGUUAAAAAAUUGUAAAGGAAUACAUCUACAAGGAAAAAUGUUAACUUUGUUUGGCUGCAAGAUUUCGACUACUGGAUACUCAUUUCAUUUAAAUUUACGGUUUACAAUUUCAUCAAGUGAACAUAUCUAUCUUUGCAAAUAUACCUCUGUCCACAUGUAGCAUCGAAAAAAAAAAAUUUCUUUCAUGCUUAUUGAAAUCCACAUCUUGCAAUGUAUCUUCCAUCCCAUUUAGAAAUAAUCUAUGUGAUACACAGCAGUAACAAAAGAAUUCUAGGAGCCCCAUGUAAAUACUGUGUUUACACUCCAUGUUUAUUUAUUUACUGAAUGCUUAUUUUGUUGUAACUUGACCUGAUUUUUACAUGUACAUGUAUUUUAUAAAGACAACUGUACACUACUGGGUUUUUCUUGAUUUUUUUAAUGAAUGGUAUAUUUAAGUUUUCAGUUAUUUAUUAUAUGUAUGCAGUAUAUAUUAUAUACCUGUCUCUGUAAUGUACAAUUUCAUGCAUUCAUAUUUAAAAUGAAGUUGUGAUUAAAAUUUACAAACCUG